AUGCCUCCUAGUGAUGCGCUUGAGGAGGUGGAGAAGAACCGCGAGGGACACAUGAGAUUUCACACCUUGCAGAGGAUAUAUGAUAUGAAGCUUAUAGCGGCACAUCAGGUUGCUGGUCACGAGGCAGAGACUGAUAUACACAGAGAGCGGGUGAUGAGAUAUUACUUUCUAUAUUUGAUAGACACUCAGCUCUUUGUGGACACGAGGUUGACCUACACUAACGUCGUUUACUUGACGUACUUAUCGGACAUUGCACGUAUCUGUGAGUACAACUGGGGAGCGGCUACACUGGCCUACACCUACCACCGACUGAGAGAGGGAUGCAUGUGGAAGGCGAGGAUUGUGGCUGGCAGCUGUACCCUCUUUGUGGGUUGCAUACUACAUCACUUCCCUGAUAUUAUUGGAUGGGGAGAGAUGUCGGAUCACACCGAGGAUAUGCCGCAUGCGAGAGCCUUUGCCCCCUAA